AUGAGCCCCCGAGUCACACGCAGCAACCCAGCGCUUACCCCGGAGCGGGCUCGGCAAAAGACGUUCAAGUGUACUGUCUGUGAGCGCAACUUCAAUCGCCGCGAGCAUCUACAGCGACAUGUCACCAUUCACUAUGGUCAAAAGCCGUUUACCUGCUCUCGUUGUAACUAUGCCUGUCGUCGCAAGGAUUUGCUGAAUCGUCAUAUCAAACUGUCCCACCAAUCUCCUGCCAGGGAAGAAGUCACUAGCCGGAGUAAUGAGUAUGCUUUCCAGGACAACGGGCUGCAUGCAAUACGCCAGACCGAUGAAGGUGCUCCCAUCGACAAUAAUAGCCACGUAUCUGCCCCCUCGACCAUCCCUCAAACUGAUAACUUGGAUAGUUUAGGGGCAUUCAUGAAUGCACCUUCUUUCCCAGACCCAACUGUUCAACCAUUCCCCAUCAACUACUUGGACAACGUUGCAUUGCCAUUUCUUGUGGAACAGCCUGCUCUCUUCCCAGAGCUAUCCAUGCACGAUCUAUUCUCUCAGUCUCCGCUCGAAAACCCUGUUAGUCUUCCCCCAGGGCUGGAAACCACCCCUCUCCAGGAUCAAGGCACCGCAACUCCGCUUGCCACGCCACCAGACGUCGGACGGCACCACGUACAUCUCGCACCAUUCCUGCGAGUCUCUCAAGAUGACUGGCUUUGGCUGUCCAGGGAGGUCUUCCUUUUCUCGUCAGUUCUGCCCCACGGCUACGAGAUCCCCUCGCGCCAUGCAAUAUCCCGCUACCUGCACGGCUUUAUGAAUGGCUUCCAUCCGCAUUUUCCGAUCAUCCAUCCUCAGACAUUAUCGCUGCGGGAGAUGGCGCCUGAGCUUAUAUUGUCACUUGCUGCGGUGGGCAGCCAGUAUUGCCUUGAAUCACACCAGGGCCUUAAACUGUUUCCUCUUGCGCGGUCUAUUGCCGCAGAGAAAAUUCGGCGUCGUGACCUAGUGGAAUUGGAUGGGACCGUUGAUACUUAUACAAAUUCCCCUCGGCGGACCAAGACUCAAUCAACCCCAUCUCAAAUAUCGAAUGGACUAGAACAGGCAAAGACCAAGGAGCCGGUGAAUCUUGGUCAUGAAAGUAAUGAGCUAGUUCAGACAAUGCAAGCGCUGUUCUACCUCAUGGCCAUGGCAACAUGGGGCGGCGAGCAUCGAUCUCUUGUCAGACAAGCCAUUGCUACUCAGAGUAUGCUUGCAGUUCUAGUCCGACAGCAUGGCCUAGCCGACGACUCUACAGACCCAGAAUCUAUGGACUGGAACAAGUGGGCACGCGCGGAAAGUGCGCGGCGUACCAAAUUGAUCAUAUUUUGCUUCUUCAACCUGCACACUAUAGUAUUCAAUCUCCCAUCCCCAUUGACGAUCUCAGAUAUUCAGCUUCGUCUUCCGUGUACGGAAUCAGAGUGGAAAGCGCCUGAUCAAGAUAUCUGGCUUAAUCUGCAUAAGAAAUCACAGCCUGCUCCGUUUUUCCAGGAUUGCAUUUCACACCUGCUUCAGGAUGAUAGCGGGCCACCUACCUGCUCCUCCCUUGGAAGUCAUGUCUUGAUCCAUGCGCUGCUACAACGCAUCUUUUCAAUCCAGCAGGCAAGCCACCACGGUAGUAACGUGGCCUCGGGGUCAUUUAUCAGCCAGCGCCAGGCGUUGAAAAAGUGGCAGAUUGGAUGGGAGAUGAAUCCGGAAUCGUCCGUGAGUCCGCUGGACAAACAUGGGCCGAUUGCCUUUAAUUCAGCGGCCUUGUUCCACCUCGCGAAUAUUCGUAUAGUUACGGAUAUUGGGGCGGCUCGUUCACUUUUGGAACAAGAUCAUAUCCAGAUAGCGAGCAAACUGAGAGAUCAGCCGAUGCUUCCCAGGGGUUCUACUUUAGUCCUCGCUGCACGACAUGCAACUGUAGCACUAUGUUCACCCGUACAAAUGGGCGUCUAUUUCGUCGGCCGAGUACCCAACUGGUCCGUAAUGCACGCCGUUUGCUCGCUGGAGUAUGCGUACGUCCUCAGCCAAUUUCUACAGACUGCGACACCGGCAAGCCUUGAGUAUCCGUUACAAGGGGACGAAUUAAGCCUAUUAUCCGCGAUCAAAGAGACAUUACGCGAAGUGGAAUCUUCUACACCAGACGGCGAUCCCAAGUCAAUUGAUACUAUGCCGCAUCUUCUCGCCGCAAAGGCAGUUCGAGCAUGGGCGUUGAUUCUGCAGGGAUUCAGGACGUGGAAUGCGGUGGAUUUGAUUACUAGGGCUCUUUUUGUAUAUGCUGAUAUGUUAGAUGCAGAUAUAGAUCAGUAG